AUGAAAUGCUUUAUUCAGAUACCAAUUGUUAUCAUCGCAGUUCACUGGUGUUGUGAAGUGAAAUGCAAACCUUUUGUAAGGAAAAAACACAUUCACAAGACCUUUCAUCUCGGAUUCGGCCCCUUACCACCGAAACACUUUUCUUUGGUAUUCGAGAAGUUCGCUCCAUUUGGACCGUAUGAAAUUAAACAUGAAAUCAAAAAAAGGCAAAUUGCACCUCCAGUUACCAAUGAAGUACUGGCCGUAAAAGAUGAUCCUUUGAAAAUACCUAUGACACAUUUAUUAGAAAAAACAGAAGUGAAGGAAGUGGAAAAAUUACCGGCUGAAGUGUUAAUAACAUCGGUUGUAGAGCCAUUAGAACCUGAAGCUGUUGUACCGCCUGGUCCGCCGCCCGUAAUUAAAGAAGUUGCUCCCGUUGUUAAAGAAGAAAAACCUGUUGUAGUUAAAGAAGAAAUCCCUCCUGUAGUUAAGGAAGAGAUUCCUCCCGUUGUCAAAGAAGAGCCGCCACCGAAUUUUUUUGUGAAAAGCUCCCGUUUUGUUUUAUAUUUUGGCUCCAUGAUGCUCCAAAUGCUAUCAAGAUUUGUGAAUGGUGAAAUUAAUCUUAAUAGUCCUUUACCACCUCCAUUACCCGGUAUUCAAUAA